GUUUUUUUGCGCAUGCCUAAACGUGGAAGCGCACAAACCAGGAAGUCGGUUUCUCGUGGGAGUAUUUCAUUUUUGCCUGUCCUGCGUAGUUAGAAGCUGGUUAUGAUAGUCUUUGAGAGCAGUUGUUGUAGAGUUUCUUGCUUUUUAGCUCUUUUAGUGGUUUUAAUCGCCGUUGCUUUACAGAUUUUAGGAAAUUCAGAACCCAUUGAGGUCUUAAGCAUGGACCUAAACUCAUUAGAAGAAACCUACAGGGGGGGGAAUAAAAGCUGUUUUAUUCUUGGUGCUUCUGGGGAAACGGGAAAAGUGCUGCUCAAAGAAAUUGUAGAACGGAAACUAUUUUCCCGAAUCACACUCAUCGGUAGACGACAGCUCACAUUUGAAGACAAAGCCUAUGAGAAUGUGGCUCAGGAAGUUGUUGACUUUGAGAAGUUGGAUGACCAUGCAGCAGCAUUUCAAGGCCAUGAUGUGGGAUAUUGUUGCUUGGGAACAACCAAAGCUAAAGCUGGGACUGAAGGUUUCAUUCGGGUAGACCAUGACUACGUUCUGAAAUCAGCCGAGCUUGCCAAGGCAGGAGGCUGCUCCCAUUUCAAUCUUGAGUCAUCGAAAGGCGCAGACAAAACAAGUAGCUUCCUAUAUCUCAAAGUCAAGGGACAAGUAGAAGCUGAUAUUGAGCAACUGGACUUUGAGCGCUAUUCUGUCUUCCGACCUGCAGUUCUCAUGGUGGACAGAGAAGAGAGCCGACCAGCAGAAUGGAUGGCAAGGAAGUUCUUGGGUGCAUUCUCUAGUGUGUUUCCGACAGCAAUGUCCAUUCCCAUCGGAUCAGUGGCCAGGGCCAUGUUAGCCAAUACUCUUAUCCAGGGAGAAAAGAAAGUAGAAAUCCUGGAGAACAAGGCAAUAUAUGACCUUGGGCAAAAGGGAGAGAAAUGAAAAAAGUUUUUAUUUGUGUGUUAAAUGUAACAUUUAUGCCUCAGGUCUGCUAUACACUGGAUACACUUUUUAUGUUGGUGAAAGGGAAUAUAACAUGAAUAUGAUGUUUUUCUGUAUCGCACUUGGAAGGCUUUCUUUUACAAUGGAAAGGAUAACUUGUAAUCUUGCACAAUAUUAAACAUAUAUAUGCACUGACCCAA